AUGUCUUCUGAAUCGACAACAGGUCGUAAGACUAAUGAGGAUGGAAGAAAUUCCAUCCAUUCUACUGAUUCCUAUGCUCAAUCAGUAAAUUCCUUCCAUUACGAAGAGGAUAACGAAUCUCAAAAUGCUGCUUCUCAAUUAUCCCGUCAAAUCACUACCAUCUUGUCUCAAGAAAAUGGUGCUGAUAGAAUCGAAUCCUUGGCAAGAGUCAUCUCUACGAAGACCAAGAAGCAGAUGGAAUCGUUUGAAGUUGAUCAAUUGGAUUUCAAUUUGAAAGCCUUAUUGGAUUACUUACGUAACUCUCAAAUCAGCCAGGGUAUUGAAUCAGGUGAUUCCGGUGUUGCCUUCAACGAUUUGACCGCUGUUGGUGUCGAUGCUUCUGCUGCCUUCGGUCCCUCCGUGGAAGAAUUAAUACGUUCUUGGGGUCAUCUUCCAGUACAUCUUUGGAAGAAAAUGACUGGUAAGAAAGAUGAUGUCCCAUUGCGUAACAUUAUCCAACACUGUGUCGGUGUCGUCGAAUCCGGUGAAAUGUUAUUCGUUGUCGGUAGACCAGGUGCUGGUUGUUCCACUUUACUAAAAUGUGUUUCUGGUGAAACAAGUGAAUUAGUCGAAGUCACUGGUGACUUCUCUUACGAUGGUCUUUCUCAGGCUGAAAUGAUGGAAAAAUUCAAAGGGUACGUCAUUUACUGUCCUGAAUUGGAUUUCCAUUUCCCAAAGAUUACCGUCAAGGAAACUAUCGAUUUCGCUUUAAAAUGUAAGACUCCAAGAGUCCGUAUCGACCAUCUUUCAAGAAACCAAUACGUCGACAACAUGAGAGAUCUUUGGUGUACUGUCUUUGGUUUAAGACACACUUAUGCUACCAACGUCGGUAACGAUGUGGUCAGAGGUGUCUCUGGUGGUGAACGUAAGCGUGUUUCUCUUGUGGAAGCUCUAGCUAUGAGUGCUUCCAUUUACUCUUGGGAUAACGCUACUCGUGGUCUUGAUGCCUCUACCGCUUUAGAAUUUGCUCAAGCCAUUCGUACUGCUACCAAUUUAAUGAAUAACUCUGCUAUUGUUGCCAUUUACCAAGCAGGUGAAAACAUUUACGAAUUAUUCGAUAAGACUACCGUCUUAUACAACGGGAAGCAAGUUUAUUUCGGUCCAGCUACCGAAGCUGUCGGAUACUUCGAAAGAAUGGGUUACAUUAAGCCAAACAGAAUGACAUCUGCAGAAUUCUUAACUUCGGUGACCGUAGAUUUCGCCAACAGAACCCUAGCUAUUAAGGAUGGUUACGAAGAAAAAAUGCCAAAGUCAUCUACUGAAAUGGAAGCCUACUGGCACAACUCUGAAGAAUACCAAAGAGCCGUUGAGUACUAUCACCAAUAUUGUGCUGCUCAUCCUGAAGAAGAGACAAGACAAAGAUUGGAAUUGGCCAAGCAUCAAAGAUUGCAAAAGGGUCAAAGAGCCAAAUCUCAAUACGUCGUUACUUUCUGGUCUCAAGUGUGGUAUUGUAUGAUGCGUGGGUUCCAAAGAACCAAGGGUGAUUUCACAUAUACUAAAGUUUAUUUGUCCUCUUUCUUAACUAAAGGUUUGAUUGUCGGUUCUAUGUUCCACAAAAUCGAUCCAAAGAGUCAAUCUACUACCGAUGGUGCUUACUCUCGUGGUGGUUUGAUUUUCUACGUCUUAUUGUUUGCUGCUGUGACCUCUUUGGCUGAAAUCUCAAAUUCUUUCCACAACAGAGCAAUUGUCGUGAAACAUAAGACUUAUUCUAUGUAUCACACCUCCGCUGAAUCCUUACAAGAAAUUUUCACUGAAAUGCCAACUAAAUUCGUUGCUGUGUUGACUCUUUCACUUGUUUCCUACUGGAUUCCUGUCUUGAAAUAUGAUGCUGGUUCUUUCUUCCAAUUUUUGUUAUAUUUGUUCACCACUCAACAAUGUACUUCGUUUAUCUUUAAAUUGGUCGCCACAUUGACCAAAGAUGGUGGUACUGCUCACGCUAUUGGUGGUCUAUGGGUUUUAAUGUUAACUGUCUACACUGGUUUCGUGUUACCAAUCGGUGAAAUGCAUCACUGGAUCAGAUGGUUCCAUUACCUAAAUCCUUUAACCUACGCUUAUGAAUCCUUGAUGUCGACUGAAUUCCAUGGUAGACAAAUGCUUUGUUCCCAAUUAAUUCCUUCAGGACCAGGUUAUGAAGGAGUUUCCAUCUCCAACCAAAUCUGUAAUGCUGCUGGUGCAAUUGCAGGUAACUUAUAUGUUUCUGGUGAUACCUAUGUUUUGAAGAAGUAUCAUUUCUCAUACAAUCACGCUUGGAGAGAUUGGGGUAUUAACAUCGUUUGGACUUUUGGUUAUAUUGUCAUGAACGUUGUUAUGUCUGAAUUUUUGAAACCAUUAGAAGGUGGUGGUGACUUGCUAUUGUACAAGAGAGGUCACAUGCCAGAAUUGGGUUCAGAAAGUGUUGAUACCAAGGUUGCUUCAAGAGAAGAGAUGAUGGCAUCUUUGAACGGUCCUGACGUUGAUUUGGCAAAGAUUAUUGAAUCCAAGGAUGUCUUUACCUGGAACCACUUGAAUUAUACAAUUCCUUAUGAUGGCGCUACUAGACAACUAUUGAGUGACGUGUUUGGUUACGUUAAGCCUGGUAAGAUGACUGCAUUAAUGGGUGAAUCUGGUGCUGGUAAGACCACGUUGCUUAAUGUGUUGGCCCAAAGAAUCAGUGUCGGUGUUAUUACUGGUGAUAUGUUGGUGAACGCCAAGGAUCUACCUUUAUCCUUCAACAGAUCCUGUGGUUACGUUGCUCAAUCUGAUAACCAUAUGGGUGAAUUGUCCGUGAGAGAAUCAUUGAGAUUCGCUGCUGAAUUGAGACAACCAAAAUCUGUUCCACUACAAGAAAAGUAUGAUUACGUCGAAAAGAUCAUCUCUUUGUUGGGUAUGGAAAAGUAUGCUGAAGCUAUCAUUGGUAAGACCGGUAGAGGUUUGAAUGUCGAACAAAGAAAGAAGUUAUCUAUUGGUGUUGAAUUGGUCGCUAAACCAUCAUUGCUAUUGUUUUUGGAUGAACCAACCUCCGGUCUAGAUUCUCAAUCUGCUUGGUCUAUUGUUCAAUUCAUGAGAGCUUUGGCUGAUUCUGGUCAAUCUAUUUUGUGUACUAUCCAUCAACCUUCUGCUACCUUAUUCGAACAAUUCGAUAGAUUAUUAUUAUUGAAGAAGGGUGGUAAGAUGGUGUACUUUGGUGACAUCGGUGAAAAUUCCGGUACUUUGCUAAACUACUUCGAGCGUCAAUCUGGUGUUAAGUGUGGUAUCUCUGAAAAUCCUGCUGAAUAUAUGUUAAACUGUAUCGGUGCUGGUGCAACUGCCUCUGCCUCAGAGGACUGGCAUGAUCUAUGGCUAAAAUCUCCUGAGUGUGCAGCUGCCAGAGAAGAAGUCGAAGAAUUGCAUAGAAAGUUGGCUUCUAGACCUGUUACUGAUGACAAGGAAUUAUCUGGUAAGUAUGCUGCUAACUACUUGACUCAAUUGAAAUGUGUUUUCGGAAGAACUUGGCUUCAAUUCUGGAGAUCUCCAGUCUACAUUAGAGCCAAAUUCUUGGAAUGUGUCCUGUGUGCUUUGUUCGUUGGUUUGUCUUACGUUGGUGUUAACCACUCGAUUGCCGGUGCCAAUCAAUCGUUUGCAUCUAUUUUCAUGAUGUUAUUGAUUGCCUUAGCUAUGGUUAACCAAUUGCAUGUGUUUGCCUUGGAUUCUAGAGAAUUGUACGAAGUCAGAGAAGCUGCUUCGAACACUUUCCAUUGGUCUGCAUUGUUGUUAUGUCACUGUACCGUCGAAAUCAUCUGGUCCACCGCCUGUGAAUUUAUCUGUUGGAUUUGUUACUAUUGGCCAGCACAAUACACUGGUCGUGCUUCCCAUGCUGGUUACUUCUUCUUGAUUUACGUUAUCAUGUUCCCUGCAUACUUUAUCUCUUACGGUUGUUGGGUGUUCUAUAUGUCUCCAGAUGUGCCAUCUGCUUCUAUGAUCAACUCCAACUUGUUCGCUGCCAUGUUGUUAUUCUGUGGUAUCUUGCAACCAAGAGAAAAGAUGCCUGGUUUUUGGAAGAGAUUCAUGUACAACGUGUCUCCAUUCACUUAUGUUGUCCAAUCGUUAGUCGCACCAAUUGUUCAAGGUAAAAAGGUCGUCUGUGGCAGGAAUGAAUUCGCCGUUAUGGAUCCACCAGAAGGUCAAACAUGUGGUGAAUACUUGUCAACUUACAUCGAAGAUAACACUGGUUACUUGACCAAUCCAAAUGACACACAAAGCUGUCAGUACUGUCCAUACAGCUACCAACAAGAAGUUGUUGCAAGAUUUAAUGUCAAAUGGGUCUAUAGGUGGAGAAAUUUCGGUUUCCUAUGGGCAUAUAUUAUCUUCAACUUCUUCGCAAUGUUGUUCUGCUACUGGGUUAUGAGAGUGAAGAACUACUCCGUUACUAGUAUUUUCAAGAUCUUCAAGAUCGGUACUUGGAAGAAUGCUAUUAAACCAAAGGACAGACACGAAAAGGACACAACUAUUUUCCAAGAAAAACCAGGAGAUGCUGAAAAUGUCAAUAGAACCAAGAAUUAA